AUGAAAGCACUGUCAGAACCACUACGUAGAUGGCAUAAGCAGCAUUUUGAGAAUAUGGUUGAGCGGAUUAAGAAGCUUGAGGAAGAAAUCAGGAAGGUAGACGAUAUGGUUAGUAGCGGACGGUAUGACGAAACAACAGAGGCUAGGAGAAGGGCAUUAGUGAGUUGCUGUGAAAAGUGGUAUCUAAGACAGGAGAUGUAUUGGAAGCAAAUGUCAAGAUCUCGGCAUGCCAAUGAGAUGGACCGAAACACAAGGUACAUCCAUAAUAUAGCUUCGGCGAGAAGAAGGAAUAACCGGAUUGAGGCAUUGGUGCUUAAUAGGAGGCUAGUGAGGAAUCAAGCAAGAAUCAAGACUGCGGUUCGAGACUUUUACAAGUGCUUGUACCACCAGGAAGCAUCCCCAAAGGUGACCUUUAGGGAUGGAUUAGUUCAUCGUUUAGAGAGGGAGGAAGCGGAAAACUUAGAGGCACUACCAUCAGCAAAGGAAGUGAAGGAGGCAGUUUGGGAUUGUGAAUCUUCUAAGGCUUCAGGGAGUGACGGAUACAACAUGCAUUUUAUAAAAAAGUGCUGGGAUGAGAUUGGAACGGAAUUCACUGCAGCUGUGAUGGAUUUCUUUCAAACAGUAAGAUUGCCGGCAGAAGCUAAUGUCACCUGGGUGGCGCUAGCUCCGAAAUUCAUUGGGGCUAAGGAGAUAAAAGAUCUCAGACCUAUUAGUAUGGUUGGGUGUGUCUAUAAGAAGAAUGCAUCAGUGAUUAUUAAACUUGACUUCCAAAAAGCCUAUGACAGAGUCAAAUGGUGCUUUGUUGAUACUGUGCUGGAGAAGAUGGGCUUCGGAAGAACAUGGAGGGCGUGGGUUAGGGAGUGUGUUACAUCGGCUUCUAUCUCUAUUAUGGUUAAUGGGUUACCAUCGAAACCAUUCAAAAUGGAGAGAGGACUACAUCAAGGCAACCCUUUAUCACCGUUUUUGUUUGUUCUUGUGGUGGACGAACUCAAUAGGAUGAUUGGAGAGGCAGUUAGAAAUGGUCGGAUAUCUCCACUCUUAGUCGGUAGAGAUAAUAUAGAGUUAUCACACCUACAAUUUUCUUAUGACACUAUAUUAUUUUGUCCGCCAGAGGAGGAGACACUGAGGAACUAUCAGAGGCUUCUGAGGUGCUUCGAAAUGAUGUCUGACUUGAGCAUUAACUUUGAGAAGUCUAACUUGAUACCAGUGAACUGUAGCUCGGAGUGGGCUAAUCGGAUGUGCCAGCUAUUAGGUUGUCAAGAGGCAGCUCUUCCGAUGAGGUACCUUGGCAUUAGCCUAGGAGCAAAUUCGCGGUUGGUAAAAACUUGGAAGCCGGUUCUAGAUAAGAUGCCUAAUGCGGUUGUACGAAGAAUUAUAUCCUUGCAGAGGAGGUUCUUUUGGGAGAAGGAUGAUGGUCGACCCGGUAUGGCCCUUGUGAAGUGGGAGCUGAUCCAAGCACCAAAGAAGCAAGGAGGACUGGGGGUGGGUGAUGCGGAAGAGACUUUGGAGGAGGAGCUUCUAACAUACAAGUUCACAAAGGAGAUCUGGAAAGGUCUAGUUCCACCUCGAGUGGAGUUAUUUGCUUGGUUUGUAUUGGUAGGGCGGGUUAAUACAAAGGACCGGCUGAGUGUGGUGUGCUUAGAUCUCAGCGUUUGGACAGACGUGGGUUGUUCCUGGUACCUUGAAAGAGCUUUUCGAGAGUUGGAGAUGGGUGCCGAUGGGAAAAGAGAGGCGCAAGUAUUGGCUACUUGGAUUCUUCUCAAUUAUAUGGAUUAUUUGGUUAUGCCAAAAUGA